AUGUACCUUACGCAGAAUGGACCAAAGCCUCUGUUUUCUUCGGGGCCUGUGAAGGCGCUUGGUGGAAAUCCGCAUCCAGAGCCCGCGACGCUAACUGCACAACUCGAAGACGGGGAAGCGUACAACAUUGACUCGGUUCCCGAGGUGUACGAGUUCUCGAAGUCUACAGAGGAUGCAAGCAGGGAAAUGCGGGAAUUUCUUUCCGGUGCCAUUGGGGCUCUCAACCUGGAUGAUGUAGAUCCAACGGAAGCUAGGGUCGAAGGUUUUCGCGAGGGCAUAACGUUGUUACCCCACCAAGUCCAGGGCAGGGUUUGGAUGCGUGAGAGAGAGACUGGGAAGAAAUUAGGGGGCAUUCUCGCAGAUAUGGGUCUCGGAAAGACUAUUCAAACAGUGACUCGCAUAUUGGACGGGAAACCAUCUGGUUCUGAUCUUGCAAAGGCGAAAAACCUGUAUACAAAGGCAACGCUGGUGGUUGCUCCAGUAAGUGUCAUGCCGCAAUGGGCGUCCGAGAUCGAAAAAAUGGCACCAGGAUUGCGGGUCAUUCAGCAUCAUGGGCCAAAAAGGACUGCAGAUCCCAAGGUGUUCGGUACAGUAGAUGUCGUCAUAACAACUUACACUACGUUGGCCUCAGAACAUACCAAGUAUGCUGGGACGACGGAAUCAGGAAAAAAGAAAGCACUGAGGGAGGAGUCCGAUGAUUCUUCGGAUGACUCUGUGAUUGAGGAGAGUAUUCGCGCGAAGGCUAAAUCCUCCACCAAAGCGAAGAAAGGCCCAUUGUGUGCUUUGUUUGAAACUGGAUUUUGGCGCGUCGUUUUGGACGAAGCUCAAAAUAUCAAAAACCGGUCCACCAAAGCUGCUAAAGCGUGUUUCGAUUUAAGAGGAAAAUAUCGAUGGGUCUUGACUGGGACUCCUAUCCAGAACUCCGUGGAGGAAUUGUUUCCUUUCUUCCAUUUCCUACGAAUACGGCCUAUCAAUAACUGGGAUACAUUUAACGCUCGUAUCGCCAAACCAGUUAAGGCCGGUAAGACGGUUAAUGCCAUGAAGCGGCUUCAUGUCGUUUUGAGCGCAACGAUGCUCCGAAGGACAAAGAAUCAAACUAUAGAAGGGAAACCGCUGCUUGUUCUUCCGGAACGGACUGUUGAAGUGGUGACGUGCGAGUUUGAUCCCGAUGAGCGCGCAUUUUACGAGAUGCUGUCGGAACGUGCUGCAAAUAGACUGGCAGAUAUCGAAGCAGGAGGGAACAUCAGCGGAAAGAGUUAUACUCAAGUGUUAGUCCUUCUUUUGCGCCUUCGGCAAGCGUGUAACCACCCUUCCCUGAUCAAUAAGGAUCAUCGCAAAGAUGCCGCCGCAAUCGAAUCUAAACCAGAGCGGAAAACGGAGGAAGAGGAAGAGAGCAAGGAAGUCGAUGAGCUUGCGGAUUUGUUCGGGGCUGUUGAUCUUGCUGGUGGAAAGGAAUGCGUUGUAUGCCAAGUCAGUCUGCCGAAGAGCCAUGAAAGCAACUACUGUGACGAAUGCGCGAAAACUGUGGUGAAGGUUGCCAACCGCAAGUCGGUAUCAAGACGAGUUGGAGGCCGGGGUGCCGGAAGCGGUAGCGGUGCUGAUGUAGUGGGAGACGAGCUCGAUUUGCUUCCUUCGACCAAGAUCAAUAAGGUCCUGGAGCUCCUCGAUCAGAUACUUGCCCGCACUAGUGGCAAGCUUGACGAGGACGGCAAAAAAAUCCCACCACAGAAGACGAUCAUCUUCAGCCAGUUUACUUCCAUGCUUGACCUAAUUGAGCCUUUCUUACGUAAUGCUGGGAUACGGUAUUGUCGAUAUGACGGAUCUAUGCCCCCCGCCAAGCGAGAGGAGGCAUUGAACCAAAUUCGUAAUAAUAAAGCCACACGAGUUAUCUUGAUUUCCUUCAAAGCGGGAGGAACUGGACUUAACCUGACGGCAUGCAAUAACGUUAUUCUGGUCGACCUUUGGUGGAACCCUGCUCUAGAGGAUCAAGCGUUUGAUCGAGCCCAUCGCCUGGGGCAAAAGAAACCAGUCUCGAUAUACAAACUUACAGUGCGGGAUACUGUUGAACAGAGGAUUCUUCAGCUUCAAGAGAAGAAGAGAGCGCUGGCUGCGGCCGCUCUGAGUGGCGGUAAAUUGGGCAAAGGUGGUCUCAAGUUGGAAGAACUUCUGGACCUUUUUGAUCGUGCCGAUCUUGACUAGAAAAAUUGCAGACUUGCUUAAUGCACUGUCGUUGUUACGUUGCGGCAUAGAUUCCUGCUUCUUGCUCUUUCUUGCUUACAAUAUGCCCUGUGUAUAAUCUGGACUAUUUAAUGGAUCGGUAGCUGACGAGGCCAAGAGAG